UUAGUUUACAUUAAAGCUUCCUUCUUUUAUUUAUCCAGUAAGUGGGUACAGUCGCAUAACUAAAGUACUGCUCGCAGAACAGUCUUGGUGAUUGGUUGAUUUACGUUGGAAAAUGAUAGCGGAAGAUCUUAGGCCGAAUCCAGAACUGAGAGGCACAGGUCCAAUUGCAGAAUGGUACAAAGGGCAAUCGAUAUUUAUAACGGGAGCGACGGGAUUUAUGGGCAAAGUCUUGUUGGAGAAGCUUUUAUUUCAGUGCAACGGAAUAAAAAACAUCUACAUCCUCGCUCGAUCAAAACGUGGAAAAACGCCCCACGAACGUCUACAGGAUAUGUGGAAACUGCCAGUCUUUGAACGAUUACGAAAACACGAACCUGACGCAUUAAAAAAGAUAGUCCCUCUAAUCGGCGAUUGUCUAACUGAUAAUUUGGGUUUAACUGAAGAUGAUCGCAAUCUGAUACGAGAGAACGUCUCCAUCGUUUUCCACUGCGCGGCCACCUUGAAACUCGAAGCAAAAUUAAAAGACGCGAUUGAGCACAAUACCGCGGGAACCGAGAAAGUUCUGCAAUUGGCCAAAGAAAUAAAAAAUCUGAAGGCUUUUGUACAUCUCAGUACCGCAUUUUGCUCCGCCGAUCUACCCGAAUUUAAAGAAAAGGUCUAUCGUACCGCCGAAAAUCCCGGAGAGAUUAUUCAAGUUGCCAAAUGGAUCAAGGAUGACGCUCUUGAAGUGGCUACGCCGUUGACAAUCCAUCCCCAUCCCAAUACGUACACCUACACCAAACGCCUCGCCGAAACUCUAGUCGCUGAUGAGUAUCCCCAUCUCCCAGUCGUAAUCGCGCGACCAUCGAUCGUUACCCCUGCUGUAAUGGAACCGGUACCUGGAUGGGUUGAUAGUUUAAAUGGUCCCAUGGGUAUAAUGAUCGCGGCCGGAAAAGGUGUGAUUCGUUCCAUGCUCGUUAAAUCAGAUAGUCGCGGACAAGUUGUGCCCGUAGAUAUCGCUAUAAACGCGCUAAUAGUUAUUGCUUGGAAAAUAGGAUCGGCAAAAGAACGGCCACCUGAAAUUCCAGUAUACAAUAUGACUACCGACCCCGUUAUUAAAAUCACAUGGGGGGAAGUUUUGACAAUGGGCAAGAAGAUUGCUUACGAAUGUCCUUUCGAAGGCCAAAUAUGGUACCCUGACGGUGACCUUCGUUUGUCCAAGUUUGUCCAUCAGCUGUGCUGUUUCUUCUUCCAUUGGAUACCGGCUUAUUUGAUCGACUUUUUGAUGUUAAUACUUGGACAAAAGAGAUUCAUGGUCAGGUUGAUGCGAAGAAUCGAUGAUGGCUUACAGUUGCUCCAAUUUUUUACCACUCGUGACUGGUCAUUUGAAAGUAAAAAUUUCUUUGCACUUACGACGGACAUCACGCCCGUGGAGCGUAAGCUAUAUUCAAUGGACUUCGAAAUUAUACCAAUUUAUGAAUAUUUGACCGUAUGUGUACUCGGUGCCAGACAGUACAUUAUGAAAGAGGACCUAUCCACUAUACCACGAUGCCGACGAAUUCAGUUUGUGCUAUACCUUGUGGACAGGUCAUUCAAGUUGGCAUUUUAUUUAGGACUAAUUUGGAUAUUGUAUUGCUGUUCGGAAAGCGUUCAAAACAUUUUCGAUUGUGUUGGCACUGUGUUGCAGCGAUUUCCUUUUCUGGGUUUCUUCAUACCUAAUAAUAAAUCAUUAUAAAGCAUUUUUAGUCAUAAACAGGCGUUGAAUGUCAUCUAGUCAAAAUACAUUCGUUUUUAAAUGUU